AUGGUGGUUCAGGGUCGGACAAAAGCAAAGACUCAACCAAACAGGAAGUCUCCUGUCGCCAAUAUAACAAACAUCAGCUCACUCAAACGGUUUCCUGAUAAGGACUAUGCACUUGAUCUACUUCACCAGCUUGCAGUGGCGGUGGCUCCUAUCGUCAACCACUACAAAUUUAAAGUGGGGAUGCUUUGUGAAAUGUCGCCAAAGAGUCCAAAUUUGCUCGGACUUAACGUGAACAAGGGCCAGAAAAUAUUGAUCAGACUACGAACUCCAUACAACGAGAAGCUGUUUUUCCCAAUGUCGGAUCUCAUCGGAACGUUUCUCCAUGAGCUCACACACAAUGUUCAUGGGCCACAUGACAACAAAUUUUAUACUUUGCUUGAUGAGCUACGAAACAAGUACGAGACUGGUGCGUUCUCCUCUGGUUCCUAUGUCUGCGAGGAGAAUAAACUUGGAGGAGCCUACGUGCCUCCUUGGCUGCUGAGUGUAACGGUCAGACAAAAACGACUCGAUGCUGUCUCGAAGGUGAAGUACAAGUCCGAGUCAAGAAGACUUGGUGGACCGCUAAACGUACUGAGGCCUAAGGACUUGAAGGCUGCCAUGGCUGAUGCUGCGGAAAGACGGCUCAAAGACUCCAAAUGGUGCGGUGGAGAAGUAAAUGAAGAGGAAUUGGGGCUUGCUGGUCAAGACUGUGAUACACCGGCGGAGAAGCUAAAAGAGUAUAAGGAAGUUAUUGACUUGACCAACGAAGGAGCUGAUAUUGAGCCGGUCACUGAACCAGAAGUGAUCGUGAUUGAUGCUUGUGAGACAAAGAGCCGGUCCUCCUCUCCUGCGCUUUCUCUGUCUGUUUCGGACACAAGCUUUGAGGUGAAGUUCUCACCAACCAAGAGCCCGUUCCCUUUUAAUGGUGCUUUGCCAUUCAGAAGAGUACUGUUUUCGCUGAGUCCACCUUCUCUGUCUCCGGGAAAGCUUUUCAUUGGAGAGAAUGGCAUCUACCCUAGGCUCAAGCUUGUCGCUGAUAUCGACUUUGGCCGAAUUAUCGAAUGGACUGAGGUCAGCGAGGAGCGAGUGAAAGACACGAAGAAAAAGAACAAAGUGAAAAAGGCAAAGCUGAAGCCAGCUCCUAAGAGAAAGAGGAAGGAGGUAAAGACGAUCACAUUUUCUGAGUUGCUAGCAGCUCAGACCAAGCCUCUGCCGCCUGCCACCCAAAAGUCUCUCUGA